AUGUUGGAAGAACGCAGCGGAUCUGCAAGAUUAUCUUUCUCCGACAGAGUAAGGUGUCUUGGUGGUGAUGUUGGUCGCGAGCUCGUGGCUGGCGGCGAUGCAGCGAUCGUUUUGAUUCACAGAGAAAAAGGUGUUAAAACGAUCGAAACGAAGCAAGAGGGUGGGGCGGAGAGGGGAAGCAAUGCCGCGAAAUGUUCACUGCUCAGAAACGUCGCGACUGGCGUCGACGCGAUUCCGUCGUUAAAUUGUUUGUCAUGGUCGAUAGAGGUACACGGACGAAAGCAAGCGCCAUUUUAUCCCGUGCACUCGCGGCAACGCGAAAGGUGGAUGGACGGUGUAGCGCGGCGACGGCUACGAUGUGAGAAUUGAUUCGUCAUUCAAUGCGACAAAAGAUUACGUGCGGCAAUGAAUCAUCACACGAAGAGCAAGCUUGUUAUCUCGCCAAUCUUGUAAAUAUUUUUAUCUCGUC